AUGUGGAAUAUGACUCCGUCACGACAACAAAUAAUAUCAUCACAUUGUCAACAGCCUUCAUCAUCAAAAGAAUGCGCAUUAUUUCAAAAACGUAUUACAGACGCAUGUAUCGAAUACGAUGCAGGUGAAAUUCGUCCAUUUGAAAGCGUAGCUGGCACUGGAUUUAUGAAUUUAGCUAAACAAUUAAUAAGUGCUGGUGCUACUCUUGGUACAUCUAUUAUGGUUAGUCAAUUAUUACCUCAUCCGAGCAUGCUAAGUAUUAAAAUUUCAUUUCAAUUAAAAAUGCAUUUACAGUAUUGA